GAUCCCCAGGUAACAACUGCCAACAAUUUCAUUGGUGUCUCCCUUUCGGUACUGCCAAAGCUCAACUAUCCCUUGCCCUCCUUUUUCCUCUUUCAUCACACACACACACAGAGAGUUAUUUUAUUUCCCUACGAUCUAGGGUUUUGAAUAAUAAUCAUGGGGGAUUGGCAGCAGUAUCUACAAUCAGUCAUCUUCGGUCUUAUUUUCUCUUUCCUUCUCGCUAAACUCUUCUCUAUUAUCUUCGCUUUCCGUGACGAAAAUCUUCGUAUUACACGUGGCGAUGUUUCCAACGAAGACGAACCCAAAAUUCAAUCGGACGAUACGAAUACUAAUACUAGUGCUGCCGAGCCGCUAAUUCAGAGUAACAACGACGUCGUUUUGAAUGAGAGUUCGGAUAGUGAUGAUGAUUGGGAAGGUGUAGAGAGUACUGAGUUGGAUGAAGCGUUUAGUGCUGCUACUGCCUUUGUGGCUGCUACGGCUGCUGAUCGGUCUCAUAAGGUAUCGAAUGAGGUGCAAUUGCAGCUUUAUGGACUUUAUAAGAUUGCUACUGAAGGGCCUUGUACUGCUUCUCAACCAUCCGCUCUCAAAAUGACUGCUCGUGCUAAGUGGAAUGCAUGGCAGAAAUUGGGUACCAUGCCUCCUGAAGAAGCCAUGGAGAAGUAUCUUGAUAUCGUGACUGAAUUAUAUCCUUCCUGGCUUGAUGGGUCUGCAAAUAAAAAGAAGGGCGAAGAAAGUAGCGGUGCACGUAAUGCAGAUUCUAGAGGGCCAAUGGGACCGGUUUUCAGUACCUUCAUUAGUGAGGAGGAAUCCGAAAAUGAGUUAAAAUUAGAUGAAAUACAUGCCUUUGCACGAGAAGGGGACGAGGAGAACUUGCUUAAGUGCAUUGAAAGUGGCGUUCCUGUGAAUGUGAAAGACAGUGAGGGUCGUGCCCCGUUGCACUGGGCUGUAGAUCGUGGUCAUCUCAGCAUCGCUAAAUUGCUUUUAAGCAGGAAUGCCGAUGUAAAUGCCAAGGACCUUGAGGGCCAGACGGCACUGCAUUAUGCUGCUGUUUGUGAAAGGGAAGAUAUUGCUGAGUUUCUCGUAAAGCAUGGUGCUGACGUAGAGAUUAAGGAUAAUGAAGGUGACUGCCCUCGUGAUGUCUGCGAGUUGCACUGGCCUUGGUUGCAGCAGGCAACUGCCCACAACUAACCCAUGUACGAUAUCUCCUUUGCUCUGCCAAUUCAUCAUGUGCAGAUGAUUGAAUCUCUAACUCGAAGUGCGGUUAAGGAAAUGCUCAGAUUACCGUCAAUAGGCAUCCUCAGUUGUUCUGACUUAACCACUUGAUUCUUGAAGCAUUGGCUUCUGACGCUUACUGGGGUAGUUAAAUUAUACUCCCGUUUUAGUUUAUGUGAGUAUUGAGCAUGCAGUUUAAAAAAAGAAAAUGAAGACCUUUGAAACUUUGGGUCUCAAACUUCCAAUCCUUAAGAAUCCCGGAAUCAGUGUUGAGCAAGGUGUUUUGUGAGAA